UACGGUUAUAGCAACAAUCACCGGAGAGAAGAAAAAAAUAUUUUCCUCCGCGUGUGUGUGUGUAUAUGUGUAUGCAAAACUAAAACGCGAAAGUUUGGUCCAGUGAGUGGUAAUAACAAAAGGGCUCAAUUACCGCGUGCCUCCGUAGUGAGUGGUAGGCGAACUCUGUGAAGUGAGAAUUUCCACUCCGGACAGCGACAACUCCGUGUGUCAUUUAUGUGGUGGAAAACUGUCGGGUAACGCACAUAUGGAAGCGACCAUUUCGGCCUACUCAUACUCUGGCCCGCAGUGACAAGGUGGUGGCGCUACAAGCUGAAGUUUGAAGUUUAGAAAGCAUUGGGUGGCGAGAUAAUCAACUUCCCUUCUGGUAGCACAAGCGAACCCCGGACAAGUAGCCCGGUCGAACGCACACCCGUAUGUGAAGUCGCACUUAUGCUGAUAACUGGCAGCAUAUAAUCGUGUACGCAGGGCGAGAGGUUGUUGUUGUGUUUUUUUUUCGUUUUGUGUUUCGUCUUCUUUCCGUUCUCGAGGGUUUAACCGCCAUCCUUGGAGUGAGGUUAUAGUCGGCGGUACAAGGCAACGAACCAAACCAAAACUUUUCUAGACACUCGGGUUCGUGCCUCCGGAAUCACCAACCCCGGCAAUCAACAAGUGGUUGCCGCCGUGCUGUAGAGAGCGUGCGCAACGGGCACGAAAAAUUUCCUCGCCGAAGAAAUUAACGCAGCCGGCAUCCGUGGUCUGGUGCGUCCCGAAACCGUGAUCGAUACGAGCGCAGGAAUUUUGAUGAAGUUGAGUCCAAAUAGCGUGCGUACAGGGCAGGAAUAUAUCGAGAGUUCCGAAGAAUAGAGGACCAGUUUUCACUAUCACCUAAGGAACGGACUCGGCCAUAGAGGAAUCGGCCGUCCAGAACCUGCUGGCAGAGAACUUGCUUUCGCUGUAUGUGUGUUUGAGUGUGUGUGUGUGUGUAUUGUGAGUGUGGAACGAAAAAAGCGCAACAUAAUUAGAGCUAAUUAGCACCACAAGAAAACCUGAACGUCUUUAGAUCCACACCGAACGAACGCCGGUACGGAGUUGAUCGCGCGCGCGCGAAUCCAAACUCGUCCAAAAGUUUGGAGAAUCAUUAGAUCAGAACGAUCCCAAACCGGAAAGUGGCAUCCCGUUUUUGGGAAGGAUUUAAAUAUCGCACAAAACAGGGGGAUAGAAAACAACAGCAACAGAAAAAAAACCCUCCCAAUAGCCCGGAACUACUCUCUAGCGGAAUUUGGCCGAAAGAAAGUGUCUGUUUUUGGGGAGCUGCCUGGAGAAAUAGUUUUGGUGCAACUGCGAAUUUACGUUGGUGUGUGUGUUUGUGGCAGUGUGUGCGUGUGCAAUUGGGUGCGUGUGUGUAAGUGCUUCAGUUAAGGCCCUGGUCCGGUGCUGGAAUGUGUACCAAAGUACGCGUACCGGUCAGUGACAGUGAGUUGAUGAAUUGGUGCUGCUGCUGAUGUAUCACAAGUUGUUCUAGUGCGUGUGAGUUACCACCUUAGAGGUAGAGUUUCUAUCCUGUGAGAUCGCACGUUUUAAAGAAGAGGAGAAAAAAAACAAGCAAAUUCCCAACAUCCUACUACGAAACAAAAGGGGGAGUGUGCAGGGUGUGAGAAGUGACAACCGGUUAGAACCGAACAGCGGAGUAGCGGCGGAGACUCCCACGCGUGUGGGUUGUGUGGAGCGGUAGUGAUAUCGUCACUGGCAACAGUCACCAAUAACGGCCGUCAAGCUGGAGUACUUAAACACGAUGGAUUUCGACGACGGGGACCUGAAGGACAUUUGGGACACCGAUCUCGAUGCGAACCUGCAAGACACACUGAAGAUGUCCAACUAUCCGGACAUCCAGGACUGGAUGGAUCCACACUCGAAGUUACCGCCGGUCAUCCUGAACGAUAAGCUGAUGACCGACGCCAUCAUCGGGACGUGCAUGCCGAUCAAAACGGAACAUUCGUACAGCCUCAACUCGGACGGUGAUUCGCUGCCCGACACAAUACCCGAUUCACCGCACAGUCUGCAGAACAAGAUGGAUGCAGAUAUGGAUGAAGAAUGCUAUCCGGCAAUCAGCAUGAAUGGCAACAGCAAACAUCAGCACAUCAUCCACAGGCAGAAUCACACGAACUCGCUGCUGGCCAACGGUCAAACGCGGGACAGUAAACCUACCUUUGCCGGUAUGUCGCUGCUAGCCAACGGUGGCACUGGUGCACUUCUGUCCAAUGGAACGGCAGCAGGUCAGCAGCAGAACGCACAAACGGGCACAACUGGAUGUUUCACCAGCGGGCUCAUCAGCAACAACAACAAUAAUCACCUCGCGGUGAACCAUAACCUCAACCUCAAGGAUAGCAUUAUUGGGCUGAAAGGGCUGACCGGGUUCGGUUCGUCAUCUUCCUGUCACGAUUCAUCCUCCUCCACAUCCGCCAGCGACAUUGAUAUCGAUGAGACGACGGUCAAGGAGGAACCACUGUCACCGAGCUCGAGCUGUCCACCAUCACCGAUCGGUUCCGGUUGCGGUGGAGGCGGUGGUAGCGGCGAAGGUGGCGGAGGUUCCCUGCUUAACAGCUAUGGCGUUUCAUCCGUUAACCUUGGAGGAAACUUGUCCGCCUACAACCAUUCGGAUCUCGUCCUCGAGCAUAAGAAUGGUUCCCUCCAGCUGUCAUCCGCAACACAGAGUCUGCUGAAGAAUCAGCAGAUCAUGAUUGCUACCAGCAUUCCGCAGCAAAGCUCCACCUCCCAGCAGCAGAAGCUUGUAAUGUCCAAGCUAAACAUCAAGAUGGAACCACAGUCGUCUGGAUUCGGGCUGCCACCGACCCCACCGUCCUCGCUACCGAGCGACGAAUCGGAGGGUAACCAGAGCCCCGAACAUCACGUCUCCCCCAUGUCUCCGCCAACCGACAUCGGUAGUAGCACAUCGAGUGGCGCCAACUCGACGACUUCCAGCCGCCGGACGUCACUGCAUGCGAACACCGGGGGUGCCGGUUCCGUGAUCGGCAGCACCGCUGGUGGGCAUUCGGCAUCCACUACCUCCCGCCAAGCGUCCACAGCUAGUCACCACAGCUCAGCUGGUUCAUCACCGUCCGCCUCACAGUCGACAACCAGCUCGUCGAGGCAACCGAUCCACACACCGCUCAUCAGUAGUCAACCGAAGGGUUCCACGGGAACGCUCAUCUUGACGGAAGAGGAAAAGCGAACGCUACUGGCCGAGGGAUACCCUAUCCCAACCCGGCUUCCGCUGACCAAAGCCGAAGAGAAAUCUCUCAAAAAGAUACGGCGGAAGAUCAAAAACAAGAUCUCCGCCCAGGAAAGUCGGCGGAAGAAGAAAGAGUACAUGGAUCAGCUGGAGCGCCGCGUAGAGAUACUAAUGUCGGAGAAUCUCGACUACCGCAAACGGGUCGAGACGCUCGAGGAUUGCAAUCAGAAUCUGCAGACGGAGCUGUCCAAGCUGCGGCAGCUCAUCACACGACAGGGUGCCCGGAAGGCGUAAAGCCCACCUACUACCGGAACCCGGGGCGUAAACACAAAUGUACAAACUAAUGCUAAUGCUUCCCCGUAGACGCGAGUCAAAUUGGGGGGCGAACGAAACCGAUUGGGGUGUGAUCCGGAAGGAAGCCGUACCGUGUUAUACCACUAAUAGGCGAUAGACCCAGAUCGAUCCGAUCGAACCGCGGCUCCUGGGGAGGAGUUUCGUGCAAUAAGGAACAUUUGCGAACGAUAGAAAUGAUCUAAGUGGCGCUCAGUAUACAGACCAGAGAGCGUGAAAGUCUUCCGCACACAGAAACCAUUCUAGCGAAGUUAGUGUCCAAACAGAAAUGGGAAUGUUGUUAUUUCGUUACGCGUAAGUUGUAGGGUACGUGAGGCUGGAAAAGCUAGUUAACAUUCCAAACUAGAGAGUGGGUGUUGUUUUUUAAAAUAAUCGUAUUCCGUAGAAGCAGGCUAGAACUCGGACCGGGAUGUUUUGCACGUUAGACAUAUUAGAGGGGGGGAAAACGUAACACGCGGUUUUGGGGGGUCGGGAAUUCGAAAACGUGUGCCUUGUUGUUUUGUAGGUACCGUUCGAGCGAAUUCAUUUGUCCGGAUUCGGAAAUGGAAAUAUGGUGGCUACCUUGGGACCGAACAGCGUUGAAUGGUGAAAUGGGUUUUAAGGGUUUUCCUUAUGCUUUCCUUUGGAUAUAGUUUGUUACCUAGCUUGAAUUUUUAACUUAAGCAUUUAUACGCGGUCGUUGCGAAGAAAUGUCGCACGAUGCGAUGAAAUCUGCAAAACAGCGCCACCUAGCAGUCGCUAGAGCAAACCAGGUAGCGUACAGAUUCUUUCAACUGCGAGCGAUGUUUUACUAUCAACGGCUCCGCGUGCUUUGUUUACGUCUUUUAAUCAUCGUACGUGUUCUUUUCCUAGUAGCUGUUUUUAGUACAUUUGAGGUAAAGUUGCAAUUACGUACGAAAAAAGCUAUCCUUUUACAAUGCACUUCCCCUUACGAGGUAUUAAGUUUGUUAGGCAACACACACCACAAACACACUAGAGCUAGCUACAGCACCAAGUUCCACUAGCAUACCAGGGCGCUACAAUUAGCAAAUGUAGCUGUAAAUAUGGCACUUCGUUCUGCGUUUGUUCAAACACACCCCCACAGGGUACUUUCCUUGCGACGGGGGAGGUAAUGCGAAUGAAAUCGACAUCAACAGUUCGGGACUGAUUCGGGUAAACUAAUUACGUUUUCACUACGCAAUGGUUACAUUUGCUUGUUUGUUUGAUUGUUGGGUUGUUUGAUUAAUUGUAAGUGACAUUCAUUUGCAUGCUAAAGGGCUGUCCCUUUUUCUUUAAGGCACCCCCAAAAAAAGGCGACAAGAAAGGGUUUUACUUUAAGCGUCCUGUACAGUGUGGUUAGCAGUUAAGGAUUAAACGCCGUUUUUUUUUUUUGCUGGUGCAACAAAUAGCAAAUGCAAAUGAUGUGGUAGAUUUAUAACUUUGUACAUAACGAGCGAUUUCGCUUGAUACGGAAACCUGUUCUCGAGUGUCAAAUAUUUGUCAGACAUGUUUGUUUUUACCAGACUGCACGAAUCAUGUGUGAAGAAACAAGUUAUCGAAAGUACAUACAAUAAUACAAAGUAAUGCUGUACUUAUCAUACGUAAGCGCUACUACAAUUAUGCCGGUAAUUUACUGGUGCGGAUAUGCUUUUCUCGUGAUGGAUUCGACUAUCGGUCGACUGCCUGCUGCUGACCUGGACCUGGAGGGAACAUAUUUUCUUAUGCCUGCUUUUUCGUAAGGCAAACAGUCGUUUAGAGCUUUUACACUUAUGCUGUAGAGAAUUGAAUGUGGAGAGAGGGGGAGAAAAAGCGUAGCAAACAUAUUUACAACGAUGUAGGCUGAUAAAUGUUUACCUUUUAAAAAAGUGAUCCCAUUCUUAGUGUUCACGCUUCGGAGGGGACUAAAUGGACCCGUUAUGGUGGACAAAAGCGUAACAUGAAAGGAUGGGAAUACACUUAGCUAAGAUAAUACACAAUUAUACAACAAAACAACUAUAUACUUUAGUGCGAUAGGAACGAUAAAUCAGAUAAAUCUAUUUAUAGAGAAUGUCUAAGGAACCAGACGAUGACUUAAGUAUACAGCGUUUAAGAGCAACAAAAAAAAAAUAGCAUAAAUUUAUAAACUAUUAAAAGCCGGAGGCACUUCUUCUCUCACGCGAAGCAGAAACCUAGCGCGCGGGGAUGAUGGAAUUCAUCGCAAUUCAUCGCACGAUGUUAUAGCUAAAACGUUCAUUUCAUCCGUGCAAAUAUUUCGUUAGUCGGUAACGUUUACUUACAUGGUUUUAGGUUUAAGCUUAGGGUUUCAUUACUUUGACUUUGUGGGUUUUUAGAGUAACCGAUGGGGGCGGAAUCACUUCACCGUUUACUCUAGGCGAAGCAAUCGGGAACUGAAAUGGAAUUAUUAACAACAACAACCACAACUACAAAAAGACGACGCAACCUCUUUCGGACAUUUUUUGCAAAUAAUCGAUUCGGGAAGCAUCAAAUUCUGCCAUUUUAAUUAUUUAAUAGCAUUCGUAGGCGCGUAAGAAUGAUGUGGUGGGAAAGGAAAGGAGGGAGUUAAGGUGGGGAAGCAAACCGUUACACAACUGUCGCAAUCCAUCCAUGGGUGAGUCGAUGAAAGAUGGAACCUAGUUGUAAGUACGCGAUGGUUUAUGUUGUAUUAAACAGAUACGAUUCGUUAGGUUAGAUAUAGUUUUUUUUUCUUCUUUGCUUUGCAUAGGUUAAGCAACAGAAUUAGAUGAAAUUGAACUUAAUUUAUCAUGCACGUUACGGAAGGAGAGCCCUUACAUUACCAGCAUGACCUUAUUUUUCUUUAAAAAAAAAAUGACACGAACGUCCAACUAUCUGCGCGUUCGGAAUUUGAAAGUUCGGGCAAAAAGUGUUAACGUUACCGUGUUUGCUCGUGUAUGUAUUGCAUUUGUUUUAAAGAUGUUUUUCCCUUAACGCAGUUUUGAUCUAUUCGUAAGCAAAAUCAAUCACGCUCCAAUGACUGAUCCAUCUUCUUGUCUCUUUAAUUUAUAACCAAUUGCACACAGUGCGUGCUGUGGAUUUGAUGCAAGCUUCGAUACGUAUUCCUUUUUUAUUUUUCCUACUCAUUAAAAAAGCUUGUUGUAAAAGAGUUUUUUUUUCUCUCGUAAGGUGCAAUUUUCAAAUCUUAAUUAUGAAAUUUUUAAACAAAACAAAGCAAAACUUUCAUUAGUAAAACAAAACAAAAAGAAAAAAAAACCCUCUGUGCAAUCGAAGAUAUUAUAAUAAUACUUGUUUCGUUACUUGUUAUACUGUUUGCUUUAUGACAAACACAAAAGAUUAUUAUUUUUUAUCAUUUUUUUAUGAUAACUAUUUGUUGGUUUAGAAAAAUUUACUUAUAAUUACCAUUUUGUUUUUUUUUUGGCAAAUCUGUUCUCAGCUCAGUAGCUCAGCUGAGGAAAAAAAAUAAUAAUGCUAAAACAAUUUGUUCAAAAUAAUUUUCGAAAAAUAAUUUCAUACCACAACACGGUUUUACCUUUUAUGAAUGUUUUUUUUUUGUUUCUUUUGCAAUGUCUGUAUGUGUGAAAAUGCAUCCGUUCUAAUGUUUAAACAGUUCUUAAUGUUUAAAAAUAUCUUUUUUCCGCUUAGAUGUGGCGCGAAGCGUAUUCAAAUGUUUUAUGACAGUGUUUUGUCUCUCUUUCUCGGAUCAAACCCUAACCUAGGACAUUCCGAAGCAUCUUGCGCGUUGCUCGAUGAGUGAGAAAGAAUGAGGAAUUACAAAACAAAACAUGUUCCACACCGCAAGGCAGCACGCAAGUCAAGUCAAGCUAAAGGUGGAAAAUUCUAAACCAAUUUUCAAACCGACUGUGGCAUUUGCACUCAGCCAAACACACACAUACACCAGACACAUGGCUGUUGCACCUAGCUGCAUACAGGUUUUUUUUUCGCGAGUGAUGCAGUCACUAUUUUUAGGCCACUUGCACAGUCAAUCUCAAUUCCGUCGUCGGAACGGUCGGUGCAAAAGCGGAUCAGUAAAAGGCGUACGGGAAAUGUGCACGAUAGAGGUAAACUACGGUACACUGACGCAUGGGUGCACCACUGUAGACACAUACAAGUAAGAAGCAGAAGCAACAACAAGAUAAACAUAAUGCAUUUACCAGACACAGGGAAAAGGAACAUAGGCACACAAACAAUCAACGGACGGUUAAAAAGCGUAAACACAGGGGGGGGGGGGAGAAAAAAUCGUGUAGUAGAGAACAAAAAACCAAAAAAUGAACACAAGAAUAGUGGAGACAAAAUGGUAACACACGCUCCUUUCCCAGCCCAGACAGGAAGUCGGACUGUUGGACUGAUUAAUAAAAUCACAAAACCAAGAAGCAUCCGGAUGAGGGAUAGUGAAAACAAACACCAGAUAGUGAUCCUUCACUCCGAGUAGGGGAAAAAACAACAACGAAUAAGGCAAAUUGAUAGUGUGUAAGUGUACUGUAAUGGAAAAGUUCUGGGACUUAGACACUUACAAUUAAAAAAUAAGUUUCGUUUAAAAUAGUUUCUUAAACACCUUUUUUUUUGUUUUGUUCAUUAUAUUGCCUUUUUUCAUUAAGCAUUAUAGGCUUCAAUCUGUUCCACUUAGCAUUAGCCGUGUUUCUUCAGUUUAGUGUUUAAGAAGAUAGUGUUUUUUUUUUGUUUGUUUGUUUCAACUUGUUUAAUGUGACGUUUCGUGAUGAGUCAAAUGGGAAUUAUAGCAACAAAAAAACAAAAAUUCCCGAACGUGCUCAACCGAAAAUACCACACAGAUACACACACACAAACGCGGAGGAAUGGAGGAAAGUGCGAUACUACUACUAUAUGAUGUGCAAGUAUAGGCGGAAAACAAAAACAAAACAAUAUGGGUUCGAAAUAAAAUUUCCUCACUUACAUUAUUGUAACGAGUAACCAGAAAUGAAAAGGACUUCGAAGCGUUUUUUUGUUUCGUAAAUCAAUUUCCACCCUCCUUCUGUUCAAUUCUUCCCUCUGAGCAAAGUGCUUUGUUUCUUUUCCCCUUUUGUUUUUGUGUAUAUGCGACGACCCGGGGAAAAGAAGCAAAACCGUGCACACCAAGCGAGCAGAGGGAUGUCAAAAAAAUAAUGUUCAUAAACGAAAGAUUCCACCACGAUGGGGGUUUUCGAUUCGCCUCACAGACUCUGACCAGCAACAUUUUACGACGCGAAGUGCCGGAAAAAUUGCCAUUCCAUUACAAAGCCAUUCGACGGGGUGUGUAUACCGGGAUAAACUGGGAACGUAUGUGUGGAAAUGGAAAAGAGGACACCAGACAAUCCGGCAGGGGGAGAAGGAAUGUUGGAGAAUGCUGAAGGGAAAUGCUUAUCCUUCGAACAGCUGUGAACGGGUGUGAUUCUGUGACGAGAUCGAUAAUAACGUCUCGACUGCAGAUGAAACGGGCACUUUAUACCACGGUCAACAUGCUCGGUUGGUGAUAGUUUUCCACGAUGAUGCAAAACUGCGCACAGCAUCCAUCUGAGAGAGAUAUAUAGAGACAGAGAGAGAGAUUUAGGGAGAAACUAUACGCGGCAAUAGUUUCUACUCUUGCGUGUUCGUUAAGGCGACAUUGGACGCGCACGUGUUGAGGAAGGAAAAUUUGCGCGGAAAAUGGAAGCUUUUUUGGUGAGAAGCUUUCGCUUUUCAUUACCGCGAAACUUGGAAAACUUUUAUCUCAGCCAGGUUACUGUUGUAGUGUUUUUUUCAGGACUUUAUGAUGUACAGUCCGUCGUAUAAUUAUACUUUCAACAGCUUUGUUUUUGGAAAGAAAUGCAAGAAAAUCUUUUUUCUCAGAAGAAUAAAGAACAGUCAAUCCAGAAGAGACUGAACUGAUGUGGGAUAUUAGCUGCCAGAGCUGAAUCGCCUAGUAA